AUGGCUCUUAGGAAUGGGGACGAAUGUUAUUGCGUCAAUGACUUUGACUCAGCCGUGGCAUCUUCCGAAUGCAACACCCCAUGCAUUAACAAUAAAGCUUGCGGUGGUAGCGAUUCUUAUUCAGUCUAUAAAAUUAAACCUGCAGUCACACAUCAUGGAAUUUUAUGCACAACAUCACUUCAAUUUUCGCCCACAAAAAGACCCAUUGAAUUUAAGUUUGAAUCCAUUGAGAGUUGCAUAAAAGGCUGCCUAGAGCUCAACAAAAAUUUCGCUGCGAGAAAAGGCGAGAGAUGCAUUUGUUUCAUAGAUCUCAUUGUUCUGUCUCCAAACAUAACGACGCUUGAAUGCAAUGAGUACUGCUCUCACGACCCUACCGAAAUUUGUAAUUGCCACUAUAGGGACAGAGGACCUGACUGCCAAGUGAUUUAUUUCACUCGUUUGAAAUAUGAAUUUCAAAGAAGUGUCUCCACAUACUCUCAUUGCCAGGGAGAUAAAAAUAGUUAUGAAGUAAAGGAAUGCCUUGGUGGCGGUUGUAGUGAAGGAUGGAAGGGGUAUUUCUGCAGAUUGAGAGAUUGCACAUCAAACAACGGAGAUUGUGGCAGCCAGAUGAAAUGCAUCGAGUCUAUAGUGAACGGGUUCAAGCUUGUCGAAUGUGUCUGUCCCCAUGGUACUGUUAGAAACAGGUGGCUUCAAUGUGAAACUAUCAGAAAAAACUUGGCACUUGAUAAACCAGUCUAUCUUAGUUCAACAUUUACAUGCAAAUAUUUUGGUUUGCAGCAUGAGAAACACCUGACGGAUGGGGUCAUCGACGGCGUCAUGGGUGCUCGCAUAAAUGAUAUUAACAGGGCCUGGAUCACCGUGGAUCUGGAGGAAAGUUAUCGCAUCGGCUUUGUAAGAGUUUUCAAUAGAAUAUGGUUCGAUAGUAGAGAUCGUAUGUACAUGAAUAGCUUUGUUGUAAAACUUGCUUCAACGUUUGACUAUAGAGACGUUUCGGACGUGAGAUCAUCUCUUGUGCUAUGCGGACACGGGCCAAAUAUAUCAACACUUGCAGGCCAACCUGUAACAGUUAUUUGCAACGAAUUCGAUCUGGCGUCAAGAUACGUCAUUCUGCAACAAACAAAUAACCUAUUUGCAUACGGCAGCACAUCAGCAGCAGAACUACAAAUAUACGAAGCUGACUGCAACUUUAUGAAUGGGAAAUGUAAAGGCGAGCGGUGCAGAGAACUGGUGCUUAGUAAUAAAAAAAUUGUUAACUGUAGGAACUGGCGCAAUGUGGACACUAUCGUUAAUCCGAUCUUAGCAUGUUUUAAAUUUGUUGACGCCGAGUACAGCCACAAUGAAUUUGGAUUAUCUUACCGACAAUGCGAAGAUGUGUGCGAAUCGAGAAAUUACACACUCUUAGUGCUUACUGCUGGCAUUAAUUGCUCAUGCGGUAAGACGUUAGUGGCCAAAGGUAAAACUUCACUUGAAAAUUGCAAGAAACAAUUUUAUAACACUAGCUUGAUAUUUCAUCAUUAUUUUAUGGAGGAUACAUUUUUUAAUGUCACUGAAGACGACCUUCCUUACUAUCCCAUUGAACAUUCACACACUAUCGUUAGCACUGCCGCAGUCGAUUUCACUAUCACAACCAUCAGAUGGAACAGUACAGUCUCCAAGUUUGACAAAAAUGGCACCAAAACCGAUAAUAUUAUUUUAAAAUAUUUAGGUUACAUUAUAGGGGCUUCUGCCGUGACUCUAUUCCUACUGUUGAUAACAAUUGCCAUCUUAGUCAAGAGGAAAAAGCAAAAGAAUCAGGCAAAUAAAUCACGGGCAGCGUCUGGCCAUGAUCCCUUAAAUACAAUUGACUUAUCCUCAUAUACGUCAGAUGCAUCAUAA